CAUCGUCUAUUUAAAGACCGUCCUUAUCAACAGCCUAAGUGGGCCUCUGCCUUGGGCUUCUUCACACAACUAAGCUUCACUGAUCAUCACUUCAUUGUUUAUUCAUCCAGGGUACAACCCCUUGUCUCAGCAGAGUAUUGCUACCUAAUCCCACUCGUGUUAAAUCGCAUCUUACCCCGCGACUUAAGAUGGCCGUUCCUAUCAGCGAAAUCCCCACCGUUUCCCUCCUCUACAGGCUUAGGCGCUUGGUUCCAGCCUCCUCUCCCCGCGCAUCGCCCUCGAAAACCUUCAAUGAUACUAUCUCGCUUAUCCGGAAUGACAUCACUAAGCUGCACGACGUUGAUUGCAUCGUCAAUGCUGCAAACGAGACUUUGCGUGGAGGCGGUGGCGUCGACGGGGCCAUUCAUGCCGCUGCGGGCCCAGACUUGUUAAACGAGUGUCGCACCUUGGGGGGUUGCGACACCGGCGAUGCCAAGAUCACCUCGGCCUACGAGCUUCCCUGCAAGAAGGUCAUUCACGCUGUUGGCCCCAUAUACGGGCUAGAGAGGCGAAGCGGCCCGAAGCAACCGGAAAAUCUCCUGCGAAGCUGCUAUCGGCGCAGUCUCGAGUUGGCGGUCGAGAACAACAUGAAGAGCAUCGCCUUCUCGGCUCUCAGCACUGGUGUAUAUGGAUAUCCGAAGAGAGAGGCGGCCCGCACUGCGCUUGACGAGACUCGCAGGUUCUUAGAGAGACCGGAAAGCAUUGGCAAAUUGGAACGGGUUAUCUUCUGCAACUUUGAAGCAGCUGAUGAGGCUGCCUACGAGGAGUCCAUUCCAUUGUUCUUUCCUCCUGUGGACCAGGACGUGCCUCGUUCCAGUGAUCAGGAAACAGAUCCACAAGCACAAGAUGACGGUGAGUCUUCGCCGUCACCCGAGUUGCUUGCAGCUAGGCUUCCUGAUCCACCUACCGUGGACCCUGCUUUGGAGGGACAACCAGAUGCUAAAAGAUUCAAGGCCGAUACAGGUCAUAAAGGAAGGCCUUCAGGAGACAUCUCGAUGAAGUCCGAUGAAAGGAGCGAAGAUGAUUGGGAGGAGGUUUCUCAGAUUGAUGACGGUCGGACAGAGAGAUUGGAUGACGAGCCUGUCGAGGUGGGUCGACCUCCGUCUGCCGGUGACGUUCAAAGUGUACAGUCAAGUGGGAUUAUCGAUAGUACUGAGUCUCACUCUUCAGAGAGCUUGAUUGGUAAGGACUGGUGAUUGCCUGUUCUGACUACGUGACUUAUGAAUUAAUGUCUCCGGCGUUAUGGAAUUUCUGAUGCUUUUCUUUCUGAAUUUUGCCAUCAGCUAUUACUGUUGAGCACAGCAGUGCAUGAUUA